GUGCAAUCUUCCCGCAUACUUUCGUACCUACCAGACAAUCACUGCGAGCAUUUUCCGACCUCGUCAGGUCCCACAUGCUUGUGUUGUUUCUGCAUGUGCAAGCUUCUCUACCACUACUGUAAUCAUUAAUGUCAUGUUGGCAUAGCUAUUGAUUUCAUUAUUGAUUUUGCUAUCUUAUUCUUAUUAGUGUCAAUUGUGCUGUUAGCAUCCUACGACCUACAUAUCGUCGCGUAUGUUAGUGUUUGAACCGACUCUUAUCCGAAUUGCCUACCUUAGGUUAAAAUAGUAUUCGCAACUAUGUCGUUCGAUGGUUCUUAUUCCGCAACGUUGAGUCCGUCAGUGUCCGAGAGCUUCGGAUCCCACGUUCUAUCGAACUCGAUAUCGUCCUUGACAUCCUCAACAACAUCUCGUCCAUCGUCGAACAAUAUUUCCAAGACCUACCGACAGGCUUCGCAAUUAUUCCUAACGCGUCGACUUCCCGAAGCCUUGUCAACAGUCCUACCCUUGAUCACCCCAUCCGCCGAAAGUUCCAACGUAAAUGGAUUGACUGAACCGGCACCCGUUGCUCGAGCUUCGAGAUCCACAAGGAUAAAGGUAUGGAGUCUUUAUCUGACGAUUCUCAAUGCGAUAUUGGAACUGGAUGCCGACGAAGGGAAAGAUGCCUUUGGUACACAGGAAUGGCGUACUAUAUGUAAGAAGGUGCGGGACAGCGAUGUUUGGGAAGAAGUGGUACAGUUCGGAUAUCAUGGCGUCGAAGGGGAGGUAGAUUCCGAUGUCGUUAUAAAUCUGGCGACUCUUCUGCUUGCACAUGCGAAAUCACAGGCAGUCAACCAGAAACGGCUGGAGAAUUAUCUAGCCUCAUCAAGCACCCCGAACCUUGAUAUAUCUAAACAGCUUGAGGCAACUAGAUCUCCGCGAAGAACAUCGCGGAGUCGAAGGUCCCACUCUAAGAGUGGUGCUGACACUCCUCGGGAUCUCAACGCCAGGGUUAAGAUUCUCGAACUGUACACCCUCCACGUCUUGUUACGUAAUAAUGAAUGGGACUACGCCAGAGAGUUUAUUAGCUCUAGCGCAGUACUAGACGAAGAGCGGAGGGAUGCCUUCUUACAGGCUCUUCAAAGUUUACAGGAAGAGCAACAGGAAUCAGAACGGAAAGAACGCGAAGAGAAGCAAAAGCAGGAGGAACAACUGCAAAAAGAUAUCGAAGAGGCUAGGAGAUUGAGAGCGGAGAAUGAAGCAAGAGAACGACGUCGAAUAAACGAAGAGAGAGCCAAACGAGAAGGUACUGAAGUCGACUAUGGUAUCGAAAACACUCCAAGUACUUCAGGGGUGAGAAAUAAGGCUCGGAGCGGUUCUAAUGGCUCUGUAUUAUCAAAGUCAUCCAAAUCAUCCAAGCCAUCUGCCCCCAAGGAGAAGAAGGCUGCAGUAGCGCGUCCAAGCCUUAGUGCUCGAGCUAUAAUGAUUCUAUCAAAUCUUCGCAACAUCAUCGAGCAGAUGAGCGCUACGUUUAGAGCAAACCCGGUAUUACUUAUGAGGCUGUUGGCCUUUGUCAUUGGUGUAAUUGUUAUGUUUGGUAGGAAAGGUGUUCGCGAGCGGGUUCGGCAGAUUCUUGGUACGGGCUGGAAUAAGGUGAGAUCAACGGCUGGUAUGGGUGUUAAGGUGAGCUACAUUUAGUUGAUGGGUUUAUAAUAUGGCUUUCUGUAUAUCAUCCUCUUUUAGCAGGUAAUAAUCACUCGGGAAUACCGGAUAGUAUCCUGAACGAAGUAUGUCGCAUACGUUUCAAAGUUUUUAAUGAGGAUUGAUUUAUAUUGGUAAUAUGUUGG